AGUGUGCCACAGACUCGAGCGCGGGUGGGUACGCGCGGGUAGAGAGGUGUUCGGUGGUCUACGAUUUGUUUGGAAGUUAUCCGCGCGGCAAACGUCUGGUCGGAAGCGAGGCCUGACGGAACGCCAGGGGAGCGUCGGACUGCAGCUACUUUUUAGGCGCCUCACAUGCGGGCGGGAUGCGGCUGCUGUUGAGGCUAUUGUGCUGCUGCUUGGCGCUGGCUGCCGUCACUCUCGCUGCCCCAGAACCGGAGCUGCGGCAGGCGGCAGAGUUCGGCAGACUGAAGCUCGCCUGUCCGCGCGGGAAGGGCGCUCGGUCGGCAGUGAAGGGCGCUCAGAUCGACUGGUAUCUGAAUGGGCAGCAGAAGCUACUCACCAAGCCGGCCGGCACACUGCGGCCAGAGUUCUUCACCGAUGACAGCCGACUCAAACUUAAGAACAACAGGUUGGUGUUGCGGAACAUCCAGCUGUCGGACGCCGGCUCGUACAGCUGUCUGAUCUCGGAGGCCGGCCCCGAGCAGUCGCCGCAGUGGAUCAACUACACGGUCGUCGUGUCGGAGGAGCAGUUCUACGACUUUGACCUGCCCGAGAUCGACAGCCAGUACAUGGACGGCUACGAGUGCGGCUGGGAGGAGGAGGAGGAGAUGGGAAGUCAGACCGGAGAGGAGACUAAGCCCUACUUCGCCAACAAGGACGAACUGAGGAGGAUGCAGGCCGUGCCGCUUGGGGACCCGGUGACCAUUUGCUGCCACAUUAAAGGUUCCCCGGCUCCGGAGAUCCAGUGGCUGUACAACGGCCGGCCGCUGUCUGAGAGCUCCCACACCGUCAGCCAUGUGGAGGUGGGCCGCUACUCGCUCUUCGUGCCCAGUAUGAGGCAGUACGACAACGGCAACUACACCUGCGUCGGCAGGAACCUACUGGGGGAGGUCAGCCACAUGACCUACCUCGAGGCCAACGACGCGGCCGUUCUGGUCAUGCCGUGCAUCGAGGAAGGCUACCCGCUCAACGUGACGGCGUUUAUCGGCGAGAACGCCACGUUCGACUGUCUCGGCUCGUGGGACUGGGAGAUGGAUCUGUUCUGGGUGUUCUCCGAGAACAACACGGUUCACGUACGCGACCUAGCCGAUAUGGACCGGCUGAACCGGCAGGCGAUUAACGAAAAACAGGUGAGCGCGCCGGUCGGCUGGCCCGGCCCGACCCGCCGCGGCCCGCCGACUCUGACCGACCCGCCCGUGUCCACAGCGCCGCCGCAGCCGCACCCGAUCAUCACGCGCGCGCCGCGUAACGUGACGCUGGUGACGGGCGAGCGGGCCGACUUUGUGUGCGAGGUGACGGCCGGGAUGCACAGCCAGCUCGACUGGUACUGGUCGGCGACGGCCGCGCCCGGCGCACACGUAACCAAACUCCAGGACGGAGGCAGGUUCGACAUCUCGACGAAGCAGCGACUGGUCAUCCACAACGUCACCCUGAACGACACCGGCUUCUACACGUGCAUCGCAUAUAACACGCUGGCUAAGGCGCACGCCAGGGCCUAUCUCACCGUCCUCGAACCGCUGGAGGAGAUACCAGUUCCGCUGGCCCACUCUCGGAUCACCGUCAUCCUGAGUGUGGUGUUCGGCGUACUGGUGCUGGCCGGUAUCAUCCUGGUGGCGCGCUUCUACGGACGCAUGAGGCUCGAGAGGCGCGAGCGGGAGCGGGCCGUAGAGAAGGCCAACGCGUUCCACGCCAUGACGAAGAAGGUCAUCAUCGACCACCAGAACAUGCUGGCCAACGGCACCAUCGUGGCACCAACCAUCCGGAUCGAACGCUGCAAACCGAGCAAGGAGGGCUCCGUGAUGUCGGCCUACGAACUGCCCGUUGACCCGGGCUGGGAGAUCCCGCGUGCCCGCCUCCAGCUCGGCAAACAGCUCGGAGAGGGAGCCUUCGGACGGGUGGUGCGUGGUGCACUGGACGGCUCGGCCAAACCCAACUCGAGCGUCACGGUGGCCGUCAAAAUGCUGAAGGAGGGUCACACGGACGCCGAGCUGAUGGACCUGGUCUCCGAGAUGGAGGUGAUGAAGAUGAUCGGCAGGCACGUCAACAUCAUCAACCUGAUCGGCACGUGCACCCAGGACGGGCCGCUGCUCGUCAUCGUGGAGUUCGCCCCGCACGGUAACCUGCGCUCCUAUCUGCGCGAGCGGCGCCACACCACCGGCUACGAGAGAGCGUUCGAUCACGAGACGCCCACUGUCAGGGAGCUGACCAGCUUCGCCUACCAGGUGGCCAGGGGCAUGGAGUACCUGGCAGCCAAAAAGUGCAUCCACCGCGAUCUGGCCGCCCGCAACAUCCUGGUCGGUGAGAACAAGACUCUGAAGAUCGCCGACUUCGGCCUGGCGCGCGACAUCCAGAACAACGAGUACUACCGCAAGGUGACGGACGGCCGGCUGCCGGUCAAAUGGAUGGCGCCCGAGGCGCUGUUCGAGCGGCUCUACACCACCCAGUCAGACGUGUGGUCGUUCGGCAUCCUCCUGUGGGAGAUCUUCUCCAUGGGCGGCAUGCCCUACCCGAGCAUCCCCAACGUGGAGAAGCUCUUCAGCCUGCUGAGGGAAGGCUACCGGAUGGAGCGGCCGCCCGGCUGUCCACAGAAACUGGAUGACAUCAUGCGUCAGUGCUGGGAGUACUACCCCAACCUGCGGCCCACCUUCACCGAGCUCGUGGAGAAGCUGGGUACUCUACUCACCUCGCUAGCACCCCAGGAGUACCUGGACCUGGGGCAGCCGUCGCCACCCGACUCGGGAGACUCGAGUCACGACGUCUCGGUCGACAGCCAGUUCGAGCUGUUCAAGAGCACAGCCAUGUAGGUGGCGCCACCUCUGCUCCGCCAGGUGGCGGUCCUAGUCAGCGGCGGAGGCGGCCCGCCGGGCGCGGUGAGGCCGCCAGACUGGCGGCCCGGCCCGGCCAGCCAGCACCUGUAAAUAGUGACGACCGCCGCGUCCUCAUGGACUACUGAGAGUGACAGACAGACAGAGCUGAUGGUGCCACACGAGUGGACAGUGCCAGUGCCGAGUGCCUGCGCGUGCCUUGCCGAUGUGUACCGCUGUGUCAUGUGCCUUGCCCGCGGCGGGACGGCCCUGUGUUCGCCGCGCGGCGGGCCCGGGGAGCGCGUACAAAUAGUCUAGCUUCGCUCCCCGGGCCGCCAGCGUCGCCACUAACCGUGCCAAGUUUGACCGUGAACCAGUGCCAUAUGUUUUAGAGGUGCCGUCGUGCGCCAAGAGGUUGUUUUUGUUUGUUGUGUCCGGUGGCCGGCGCCGCCCGUUUCAGUCGCUAGGGACCGUCUGCGUGCGAGUCUGUGAGUGUGUUUGUGUGUCUGUCUCGGUGACGGACGUGCGAUGUUCAGUAUUAUUUAUUUUACAGUUGUACAUGUCGUGCGCGUGUCAGUGGACUGUAUGCAUGUGUGGCGCAGCGGAGUCGUGAGAGCGUGUGUUUGUAUCUGGCGACAGUUGUACGUGGCCGCCUCGUGUGUACGUAUGUGUGCCCCGCACUGCGGUUAUCUCUAGUUUUAGCGUUGUGAACAGUCGCGCGCGCUGAACUCCGUGCCAUGAGCUUACCGUUCCACUUCUUUUAAAGAGCAGAAUAACGUUUUCGUACGACGCUGACGCCCGCCCGCCCGGUUGGUUCGCCGCAUUUUCCGUGUUUGUUGUUCCGCGUACAGAGAGCAGCUGGCUUAGAAUACUCAGGAGUCAAGAGCACAGGCGCUGCUAAUACACGCUGACACAGUGA